AAAAAAAAGCUUUGCAUAGAAUUUCAUUUUAGUUACGUAGGUGUUUUUCGCUAGUUUCUUAAGUUUUAUGAAACUUAGAACACCAACUGACUUACAAAUCUGAAAACACAUUUUUCAAUCGCGCCUAGAUGAAAUAACAAUAAGUAAAAAAUGGAUUUGUCAGAUUUGAGAAAAGUUUACAUUCCGAAGAGAUACAUAGUUGUCAUCCUAGGCUGUCUGGGUAUUCUAAAUGUAUUUGCCAUGAGAGUCAAUCUUAGCGUGGCUAUAGUGGCUAUGGUAAAUCAUACAGCAAUAAAUGAAAAGGCCAUUAACGCAGAAUGUCCUAACCUCAUUCAAGAUCGACAAUCUUCCAAUGAAGUCAUGAAUUAUAAAGGUGAAAAAUACAACUGGAAUUCUAAAACCCAAGGGUGGAUUCUAGGCUCUUACUAUUAUGGAUAUGUAACGACUCAAAUACCUGGAGGAGUAUUGGCUGAAAAGAUUGGGGCCAAAUGGGUAUUCGGAGGUGGUGUACUGGCGACAUCAGUCUUUUCACUGUUAUCUCCUUUAGCUGCAAGCUUAGGAACAACUGCAUUUAUUUGUGUCAGAGUGCUUCAAGGAUUAGCUGAUGGUGUUACUUCGCCAUCGAUUAAUGUUGCCAUAAGCAAAUGGGCACCAAAAAUGGAAAGAAGCAGAGUAUCAACUAUUAUUUUUACAGGGAUUAUGAUUGGUGAUGUGUUGGCCUUGACCUUAUCUGGAUUGCUUUGUAGUUCAGAUAAGUUGGGUGGGUGGCCUUCUGUUUUCUACCUUUUUGGUGGAGCUGGCGUCAUUUGGUGCAUAUUUUGGUUUUCUUUAAUGCAUGAAACACCUGGAGUGCAUCCAACAAUCUCUAAACAAGAACAGAUCUACAUAGAACAAAACCAAGAAGACCAAUCUAAUAAGAAACUUCCUAUACCUUGGAGAGAAAUAUUGACAUCCUCUUCUGUAUGGGCAUUUGCUUUUGCUAUGUUUGGACACAAUUUCGGAUAUUUAAUGCUUCUAGCUGAGUUACCAACAUAUCUCAGCACAAUUCUUCAUUAUGAUCUGGCCUCGAACGGAUUUCUAUCGGCUAUACCUUUCAUACUUCAAUGUCUAUCAUCUUGGAUCGCAUCUGCUGCGGCAGAUAGACUAAGGAAAUCUGAAAAAAUUUCCAUCACAUUCAUCAGAAAGUUAUUCAACAGUAUUGGUAUGGUUGGGCCAGCUAUUUGCUUACUCGCGGUCACACAAUCUGGUUGCCGUCCCGAACUUAUAGUGGCUCUUUUUUCAAUAGGGAUGGCAUUUGAUGGCUGCAUUUUUUCAGGAUACAAUGUUACUCACGUUGAUAUGAGUCCGAAUUUUUCAGGAACUUUAUACGGUAUUGCGAACACAAUAUCCUGCUUGACUGGCUUUAUAUCACCCAUGGUUGUUGGAGUUUUCUUGGAGAGUGGUGCAACCAUGGCAAAUUGGAGUAAAGUUCUAUAUACAACUGUUCUUAUUUAUAUAUUUUUUGCGAUCAUGUUUUUAAUUUUCGCAUCAGCUGAGUUACAGUCUUGGAAUUCUGAAAAAGUUUCCCCAAAACAAGAAUGCAAAAUGGUGGAUGGAAUAUGUGUCAGAAACUUCGACAGAGGAACUGAGUUAACUCAUAGACAGCCAUUCUCAAACACUGACAAAUUUUGACGCUUAUUGAUGUGUGUUACAUUUAUAAUAUGCUUUAGUGUUAAUAAUUUUGUUACUUAAAGAAAAUCGAACAGCAAAAUUUAAGAACAGUUACAUGAGACUUGCAAGUUUGUUAUAUGCUGAACCAUGAAAUUCUCCUAAAUGACAUGAAACAAAAAUUUUUUACCCAACAUUAGGGUAUCGAUGAAGUAUCUUUCUGCUGUCAAACUUUUCAUUGCACAGAGAAGAGUUGCCUAAAUCGAAUCACUUCUGAUUUCUCAAGAAACAUUGCGUAGAGAACGCACGAACCUUUUUUUUUACAUGAAGAUCUACGCAGAAGAAUCAAAUCGCAGUGUACGUGCGUUGCGUUUUUAUUUAAGUAAAUCAGUUUUACGAGUUUUCAAUAUAAUUUUUGAACAUCCUGCAUAAGGAUUUGGUGGAACUAAAGUAUUGUACAGAUUAUUUAAUACAUCGUAUAGUUGUCGAGAAUCUUGUUCUGUUAUUUUCUACUUGUUUCCUUGCUAGAAAAUGGGCUUAGAAUAGCACUUCAUUUAAAAAAUUGGGUGGUAGCAUAAAUCGUACCCUGUGUACAUUCCUAAAUACUGAGGUAAAAUUAUACCGAUACGAUUUAGAAGCAACGUAUCAACUUUAACUACUGAACAGGUUGGAUUUCAAGCCAUUAAAACUGUACUUCAUCCAAACUGCCGGAAAGAACUGUUAAUGAAUUAUUUUCCACCCAAAUUUUUCAUCCCGUGAGUGAAGUUUAAGAACAGUGAGAUAAGACAAUUAAGAACAGUGUUUAAACAGAUUUAACUAUUCUGAUGCGUCAAUCCUUAGAGAAAUCGACUUUAACAACAGGGAAUCUUUAUCCAUGCGCGAAUGCAUCGGAGAAAAAGGAAACCAUUUCAAUUAUUUCAGUAAAUUCAAUGAAUUUCAUAAGUUUAUGUGGAGACUUAUUUUCCUUUUUCCAAGGAAGGAAAAAAUUAUUAAAAACAUCUAAGUGACGAGCCUUCUGGUUAGUCAAGUAAUGAUCGAGUAAUUAUUGGUUAAUAAGACCUAUCUAUACCAGUAUCAGUUGAUAGACCGAUCUGGUUAAGUACUAUCUAUGAUAAAGGCUUCAACUUCCCCAUUUCUAAAAUCUAAAAAAGAAAAUUGGUUAUUGAUCUUAAAAAGAUGCAGUCUUAAACAGUAGCACAAAUAAAAGUUUCACUUGAGCUAAAUAGCACGUCACAUAGUUUACUUUACAUUUUAUAUGCUUAUAAUAUUGUUACUAUGUUUGUAAUAACUCUAAAAUCUAGAAAUUACAUUUCUUAUUAUGCUAUUAAACACAUUGUUUUGGGUUAAA